AUUGCUUGUUAAUGGUGCAAUGUCCUAAAAGGAAUUUCUCUUUCUGGGUCCAAAGAAGAGCAAGCUGGGUGCGGCUGCACGUAUAAUGAAAUUUUCCAUUAACUUUCUCUCUCAACGCUCUAAAAGUUAGAAAUCUUUUAGAAAAUCAUCUGGUUGAUUCAAUUGAUACUGCGCAUGCGUGAAUUUGUCCUGAUGAUACUACGCCCUCCCUCGUGAGACGAUUUCGUUGUCUGCAAAUUUUGUUUAAAUUCCUAGACAAAAAAGCGGUGUUUAAGCAACCAGGAAAGUUUAUUUAAUUUCCUAACUGUGGAUUACCAUUGCGACGCCAUAUGUCAGUAAAUUUAAUGGACAAAAUUUCACAGGAUCCAAUGUGGUCAGAAGUGGAUUAAAUUCCCUUACAUCAGUUUCAGUUUGGAAAUCGUCUUCAGUAAUGAUUUUCCGUCGCAAAAUUCUUUCAAUUGAACUAGGUAUGCACAAUUUGCAAGGGUGACACAAUAUCAAGAGAUUUCGUCGUUUGUGUGACAUGAUUCAGCCAAAUUUCUUUAAGUUCGUUAAUUUUGAUUAAUUUAAAGAACUUACUGUACAUGAACAUGUCCAAAGCUCCAAAUCAGCAAAUUUUUAAGGUGAACAAACUUCUGAUCAAUCUUAAAAAACACAUGGGAAUGUUAAAGAGAAAAACAAAAAAAACACCCAUUGUUUUGUUCACUAUGAACUUAGGGUCAUUGUUCCUUUUGUAUUAAGUUGCAUCAACUACUACCCUAUAAAAUUAACAAAUGCAUGGACAUAAUGCCCACUGGGAAUGUCCUAGGGGACCUUUGCCUCAGCUGUUUAACUUUCCGCUCUAGCUAAGUCAGAAUAAAAUUGUUAAUCUUUCGAAGAUAUAAAGAUUCAAAUAGCCUGCUAUUCAGAGGUGGCGCCGGAAAUUUUCCGACAGAGGGGUUGGAGCUUCCGACAGGGGGGCUAUAAUGACUAAAAUAUGCAGUUUUCGUACGCUAUUUUGUCAAAUUUGCUCCCACAAUAACCUAAAAUUUCUUCCAAUGGGGUGCUAGAUGCUACCGACGGAAGGGUUGUAGCCCCCUAGCAAUCCCCUGGUGUCACCAUUGCUGCUAUUACAAACACACUGCCUGAUGUCGAUGUUUCUGAUUAUUCCUCCAUUCUCGGUGGAAUUAUUCAAGUAUUCAAGUAAGGCAGAAGAAAUGUUCUUUUUAUGAUGCGAAUUCUUGAAGAAAUAGGGAUUGGCCUAGUUUCAUGGCUGAAAAUGAAUAUUUGGAGUAGAAAGUGAAGUGGUAACCGAAUUUCGUGCAAAAGGGUAUGCAAGCAUAACUCUUCUUUGGCGACUGCUGCAUUUCAAAUUGUCAGGCAGAUUUUCAUUAUUAUUAUUAUUCACCUGUAAAUACCCGAUCCAUGCAUUUCAAAUCAUGCCAACCGUUGUUAGCUGAAUUAUAGAACCAAAGAGCCUAGAGUAAUAAUUUUAUGCCACUUGAAAAAGGCCUUGGUUUUCAUUGUAUCGAGGGAGAAGGUUGUUGAGAUUAUUGUGGUUUGAUUCACUCAUAUUUGCUUGUUUUAGAUAAAACCAUAGUUUCCAUCAGCUUUAUUUCGGCACUGGAUUUUUAAUGGAUUGUAAAUAUCUGUUGUGAUUAAAGUUAAUAACUGCUUGGAACUGUUAUGGAGCUGGGAAUUUAGAGAAAUGAAAAAUACAUACUACGGGGAAAGUCUGAAUUCUCUACAAAUUAACAUAUAUUUAUUUACAUUUAUCCUAAUUCGUAAAAUUUUCAUUAAUCAGUUAGCGUUGUUCGUAUUCAUCAAAUCAGGAAUUCUAUGUAUUUUGUGCGCAGUCAACGGUUAUAUCGCCAGAAGACCAAAUUUUGCCUAAAAGGUUGAUUGGUUAAAAAGCAAUAAAAUGGCUGUAUUUGUGGAAACGUCUGUUAAUUUCUAUCAGCAGAUUAAAUUUGGAACAAUAUUGUUCUGCGUUUGCUGUAAUAACGGACAGUGUUGCGGGAUUUCGUGCAAAGGAAAGUUCGCAUGACGAAAAUACGAAGGUCAAACUAAGACCGUAUUUGUUUUUCUUUCCGAAAAUCUAAAGCUUACAUUGUUGGCGAAGUGGUUCCGAAAAAUGUGCCAUAAAACGCCCUCUGCCGUCUAGAACUUCAUCACAACCAAAUUGAUUCAUAAGCACAUUCAGGAUUCAAUGAAUUAUAUGUUAGUUGAAUGUACUUCCUGCCCAUUCAUUGAACAAGUUUCUACGCAAACAAGACAAGCAAAUUCUGGAAUCCUUACUGUGUGAGUAUUGGAUGUUACGUUUGUGAGGAAUGCCACAGUGGCAGGGGGAGCCAACACUCUGAUCAUCUUAAGCAAACUACAGCGUAGUACUGAAGAGUGCAGUUCUGAAGAGAAGACUGCAUAAUUAUUUCAAGAGAUUUCAAGCGCCAGUGAAGAAUGAGCCUCAAGUUCCUCGUUAUUGUUUGUUUCUCGCUACUUCCUCAGUCCCUUGUUAUUUCACAAGGACUGUCCUUCUGCAUGCAUAGUGGGAAAUCAUACAUCUCAGGGACUGUGUGGAGAAUCAGAAAUCACGGAAUUUGCAGGCAGUGCAAAUGCUUCAAGGCAAAUAUUGUCCGAUGCCUGCCGACAUGCAAUCGAAACGCUCGAAUUCCCUUAAAUCCGUUGCUAUCUGAUGACCUUUCAAAGUCGAUAAUCAAUAAAGCUGUAACUGGAGUACAAUGCAUCAUGGAUGGCAAAACACACCGAAAUGGAGAGAGCUGGACAGAGAAUGGGGCCCACGCCAAAGGACUACAAGCCAACCAAUGCAUGCAAUGUAACUGCAAGAUAAAGGUUAUCACUUGUGCUAUACGAAAUUGUCCUGUUGUCCACUGUCGAAAUCCGGUACAAGAAGAUGGAACAUGUUGUAAAACAUGUCAAGAAAGAUCCGGAAGGCCACCAAGAGAGUCGUCAAACAGAGGCUGUUUGAGUAUCGAGAGGUACUUCCAGAAUGAUGAAUCAUGGCAGCUUUAUCUGCCGUCUCCCAAUGUAUUUGCCACAUGCGUGGAUUGCAGUUGCAGGAACGGAAGGGAGCAUUGUCGCAAACAUUCUUGCCCACCAGCAACGUGUUCCAAGCCAAUAAAAAGACCAGGAAAUUGCUGUUCUCUUUGUCCAGGCCAGCGCCCGUUAUCAAAAGCAAGGAAAGAAAAUCACCGAAAAACAUCAUCCACCGACAGUGGAAUAUUUGGGUUUUUCUUAAGAAGGGACGAUAGCAAGAGCAAAAAAAAUCCAAAAACAGACAGAAAAACGAAAGAAAACGUGGAAGCAACCGUGUCUACAAUGCGCAAAGCUCCAAUUGAAAGUAAAGAUGUUGGCUGCAGUUUUGGAGGGAGCUUGUCGUACAAGCAUGAUCAAUUGUUUUAUCCCGUCCUGAACAAGAAGACGCAAAAAUGCACCAAAUGUGUCUGCAUGAAUUCUGUUGUGAACUGUGCAAGAAUACGAUGCCCCUCCAGAUAUCCAUGCAAAAACCCGAUUUCUAAAGAAGGCUUCUGUUGCAAAUUCUGUCGAGGGAUGAGUGAGAAACAGGCAAGGAGCCUCGAGGCCGUGCAAAUGUAUCAGAAUCGAGGAUGCAGCAAAGCAAAGCGCACCCACUUGCAAGUUUAUCGUUACAAUGAUGUCACAAGAAGUGCUGCACAACUUUCAGCGAAGUAUUUAUUUGACAAAACUCAUCAAAUGAACAACAAAAAAUCAGAAAUACACACUUUGCAACUAAUUGACAUGAGUAUAAACAUCACAAGGCACUACCUAGACAGUGAUGACGUCAUCCGAAACUCCCUCAACAAAAACUGGAAUUAUCUGGGUGCGAUUAAGGAAAAAAUGUUCACACGACUGCUUCGUCUUGAACGUGAUCUGAAGAGGUGCAAAGACACCCUUCGAUGCAUCAAGAAGCUUACAAAUCUGGUCGACCAACUGAAAACUAAAGCUGCCAGAAGGCGACGUUGUAGGUCGAGCGCAGUGGUACGGUCACUCGAACGCUUACAAAAAUAACUAUCAUUGUUUGCACCGGUCACAUUGUGACUCUAAAUAUUCGUUUAGUGGUAUUGUUGAAUUAAUCAUGGUCGUAUUUAUGUGAUCUGGUAACAUGUGGUCCUAGAAGAAAAAAAGAUUUUAGAGAUACCAAAGAGAUCAUCUAGUAGGGCCAAUGACGCAGCAUACUUGCCGGGAUUUUGAGUAGUGCAGCCUUCCAAAUAAAGCUCCAUAUCCCAGACAAUGCCCUGACUCUGCCAAUUUGAUCCUACAGGACAGAGAUUCCCGUUCAAUCUAACUCUGCAUCAGAGAAGCGGUAGUCUUACGAAAUGAAGACUCGCCCAGAAAGGAAAAAGGGUUGCUAAAGAUAAAAAUUGCUUUUAGAAAUCCAACAAACAGUCCUUUAAAUCAACUUGAAUAUCUCGAGAGGUAGUCCGGGGGUAAAGUUUGGAUUCCCCACUCAUAUUUGGCUUUACCUAUCACUUAGCAACCAGAAAAUUUUUGAUAUAUUUGAAAAAACUGCAUAUUUUUCAUAGUUAUGCCAAAGUUUUUCAUAGUCAACAGUUUUAAAGCAAAGCUGUGCUUUUCCCAUUUUUGCACAAGAUAUCACAGUCAAGCAAAAAACCACGACCUAACUGUUGUCAUUAUUGUCAACGGCGACAAAAUAGCUAGGAAUGUCAUACACAUUGCGCAGAAUAUGGCUGUAGAAAAUUCUUUGGAGUAAAUCGUUAUUUUGAAGAACACAAUGAAGAUGCAGAUCAGCUUUGUUAUAGUGGUGUGUUGCCCUUGGCUAUCAGCAGUAUGUCAGCUUCAAGUUGAGUAAUGUGAAGGUUUUUUUCCAAAAAUCCUUUUACCAUCAUAUUGUACAUAUAAAGCAUUUGAUAUUAUUCGAAUGUAGAAUACACACAGGUCUGACUUGUGUUAUUCAUCUAAUAAAUCAUAGAAGAUGAGUUUGUUUUUAUUAA